CAUUCACAUCAUAUCCUGUUAGCGUGUAGGGAGAAUUAAAAAAAUGACCUCCCAUGAUUUGUAGCACAAAUAACCUCGUGUAACAACUAAAUAGAACUAAACCACAAUAUUUAACUGUAAGGGUAUAAUUGUGAAAGAAAUACUAUUAUGGCGGCUUUGGUUUCAUGCUGUUUUGGCUGUUGUGGAGACAAUAACAGGGACCACGUAACACUGAAGGAAAUGCCCACGGUUCAGCUGGACACUCAUCAUAUGGGUACUGAUGUUGUCAUUGUAAAGAGUGGAAGACGCAUAUGUGGAACUGGUGGUUGCAUUGCAAACGCCCCUCUCCAUCAAAACAAGAGCUACUUUGAAUUCAAGAUUCAGUCCACAGGUGUCUGGGGAGUAGGAGUGGCAACGCGGAAAGGAAAUCUGAACCAGAUCCCUAUGGGUAGAGACCCGCACAGCCUUGUGCUCCGGCAAGAUGGCACCGUGUUCCACAACAAUGAAGAAAAGAACAGAUUACCUGCAAACAGCUUACCGCAGGAAGGAGACAUUGUGGGUGUUACGUAUGACCAUGUGGAGCUGAAUUUGUACCUAAAUGGGAAGAAUAUGAUCUGUCCAGCAUCAGGCAUUAGAGGAACUGUUUAUCCUGUAGUUUAUGUUGAUGAUAGUGCAAUACUGGAUUGCCAGUUCAGUGACUUCUACCAUCCUCCUCCGCAAGGCUACCAGAAGAUUCUUUUUGAGCAACAGAUCUUCUAAAGUUCAUGUGCUACUCCACAGCCGGGAUUUGAAGUGCUGUGGUUAUGACUGACUUCUAAAGAUUGUGUGGCUCAGUCUAAUGAAAAGAGUUGAAGUAAUGUCAUCUGUGAUUUUGACUCGUGUAAAACUGUCACAUAUUUGGCUAUUACAAUUUAGUUUAAAAAGUCAUCCUAUGUUUUUCAGAUGAACUCUGUGUUAUAUCAUCUGCCUAGCAAUCGAUCUGUGCACUGAUCUCAAAACAUACUCAGAACAUACAUCUUUAAUUUACGCUUCAUCAAACACUGUACAUUUACUGAUGUACAGUAUUAACAGUGUACUUUUGUGAACAUAUGUCCCCGGUUUCACAGACAAGGCUUAAGCCUAAUCCCAGGCCAAAAUGCAUGUCUGUUCUGUUUCAACUGUAAGAAACUUGCACUGACGUAUCAUAAAAUAUGUACUAUUAGUACUAUGAUUUGUCUCAAGAUGCGCACAAGUAAUGUUUUUUUCUAAGACACGUUUACUUAAAUGUCC